AUCAACUAGUAAUUACUUCCCUACUGUAGCGUUCACUGUAGCAAUUCGUUAGCAUUUUUAUUUCUCCUCUUUCCUUCCCACAGUAACAGAGAGGAGGAAAAUUCAUCUUUUUUUUCUUCUGAUUUUCUCUUAAGCCUUCACCAAUCUUUUCUUUAAUUUCGAAUCGGAGCAAAACCUAGAUCAUUGUCCGGCGGAUUCGGCCCAAAUCAAACCCUCUUUGCAUUUUGAAAGAAAGAAGAAGAUGCCGUCGACGAUGCCCAACGGAUCUACGGCGGAAGAAGAUGAAGAGUGUGGGUCCAAUUCUGUGAAAUUCGGAAGUCCAGAGGCACUGGAUUACGUCCGCAAGCUUACCGACGUUGGUGCGAUGACUAGGCUCCUCCACGAGUGCAUUGCGUAUCAGCGUGCCCUAGAUCUGGAUCUCGACAAUGUCCUCUCCCAACGAAUAGACGUCGACAAACAGCUCUCCAACUUACAGAAAUCCGCCGACGUUCUACAGAUUGUCAAGGGCGAUUCUGAUUACAUGCUGUCCAACGUACGCUCCACCUCUCUUCUCGCGGAUCAGGUCAGCGCCAAAGUCCGGGAGCUCGAUCUGGCGCAGUCCCGAGUCAACGAUACACUCCUCUGGAUUGAUGCCAUCGUCGACAGGGCCAACUGCAUUGAUGGAGUCAAGAAAGCUCUGGACGCAGAGGAUUUUGAGUCUGCCGCUAAAUAUGUUCAGACAUUUCUCCAAAUCGAUGCCAAGUACUACAAGGAUUCUGCUUCCAGUUCGAGUUCCGGUUCCGAUCAGAGGGAACAUCUCCUCGCAUCCAAGAAACAGCUUGAAGGAAUCGUUCGGAAGAGAUUAGCGGCUGCCGUUGAUCAGCGGGAUCACCCCAAGAUCCUCCGCUUCACCAGGCUCUACUCGCCCCUCGGUUUGGAGGAAGAAGGUUUGCAAGUGUACGUUAACUAUUUGAAGAAAGUCAUUGCAAUGCGAUCCAGACUUGAAUUUGAGCAGAUGGUGGAAUUAAUGGACCAAAAAAAAAAUCAGAAUGAGGUGAAUUUCGUCACUUGCUUGACCAAUUUAUUUAAAGACAUUGUUUUGGCUAUAGAAGAAAAUGAGGAAAUUUUGAUGAGUCUGUGCGGCGAAGAUGCCAUUGUGUAUGCCAUUUGCGAGCUUCAAGAAGAGUGCGAUUCUAGGGGGUCUCUCAUUCUAAACAAGUACAUGGACUACCGAAAAUUGGCCAGAUUAACCUCUGACAUCAAUUCUUACAAGAACAAUUUGCUUUCUGUUGAAGUUGAAGGUCCGGACCCAAGAGAGAUUGAGUUGUAUUUGGAAGAAAUACUGUCACUGACACAGUUGGGUGAGGACUACACAGAAUACAUGGUGUCAAAGAUUAAGGCUCUGACUUCUGUGGAUCGUGAGUUAGGCCCGCGAGCCACAAGAGCCUUCAGAAGCGGAAAUUUCAGUAAAGUUGUGCAAGAUAUCACUGGUUAUUAUGUGAUUUUAGAGGGAUUCUUCAUGGUGGAAAACGUAAGAAAGGCUAUCAACAUUGAUGAACAUGUACCUGACAGCCUCACAACUUCUAUGGUGGACGACGUGUUCUAUGUUUUGCAGAGUUGCUGCCGGAGGUCAAUAUCCACUUCAAACAUUAACUCUGUGAUUGCAGUUCUGAGCAGUGCAGUUAGUUUGUUAGGCAGUGAGUACAAUGAAGCAUUGCAGCAGAAAAUGAGGGAGCCUAACCUUGGAGCAAAGCUGUUUUUGGGUGGUGUCGGUGUGCAAAAGACUGGGACAGAGAUUGCUACGGCUUUGAACAACAUGGACGUGAGUAGUGAGUAUGCACUGAAACUACGACAUGAGAUUGAAGAGCAAUGUGCAGAGGUAUUUCCUGCACCAGUGGAUAGAGAGAGAGUAAAAUCUUGCUUGUCUGAGUUGGGUGAGAUGAGUAACAGUUUCAAGAAAGCUUUAACUUUUGGAAUGGAGCAACUUGUAGCAAUCAUAACACCCAGAAUCCGUCCAGUAUUAGAUAGUGUGGCAACCAUCAGCUAUGAACUGUCUGAGGCUGAAUAUGCAGACAACGAGGUGAAUGACCCAUGGGUCCAGAGGCUUCUCCACUCUGUUGAGACCAAUGUGGCAUGGCUCCAACCACUAAUGACUGCCAACAAUUAUGACUCCUUUGUUCAUCUGGUUGUUGACUUCAUUGUAAAGAGGCUUGAAGUAAUCAUGAUGCAAAAAAGAUUCAGUCAGCUUGGAGGUCUCCAGCUUGACAGAGAUGCUAGGGCACUGGUAAGCCACUUUUCCAGCAUGAGUCAAAGGACUGUUAGAGACAAGUUCGCUCGUCUUACCCAGAUGGCAACUAUCCUAAACUUGGAAAAGGUUUCUGAGAUUCUGGAUUUCUGGGGUGAGAACUCAGGACCCAUGACCUGGAGACUAACUCCUGCUGAGGUGAGGAGAGUGUUGGGCCUGAGGGUUGAUUUUAGACCUGAAGCAAUUGCUGCUCUCAAAUUGUAGUUCCUGUUUAUAUAGUUUGUGAUUUCUAUUCUCUUCUCGCUUUCUUUGUUUUGGAGUUGAUUUCUAAUCUUAUAUUGGAAGGGAGGCAAGUAUAUCAAUACUUGAAAUGUACCAAUUUUAGGAGCUCUGUUUCUUCUAAAGUUUUUAUUCUAAUAUUUGCUCAUUUUGUACUUAUUAAGAAAUCUUUGCUUAUUUUGCUGGAUUUCUUUUGAAUUGAGAUCUUUCAUUAUUUUAA